UUUAAAGUGGACGAUUAAAUCUGAUUCUGAAGUGAACGACAUAUGAAAUGUCAUGUGACCGAAGAGGAAUGCAUCGCACUGAGCACUGCAACAACACGGUCCAAUCGGCCGAUGUGGUUCGAGUGAUUCAGGAAGAUGACAGCGAGAGUACGCCUUUAUUGAGGAAUGGCCCCAGGACUGAGGCCGCUCCGGGGGCAUCUUUCGGUUCCUCUGUCUUCAACCUGAUGAAUGCCAUCAUGGGCAGUGGCAUCCUGGGUCUGGCCUACGCCAUGGCUCACACGGGGAUCCUGGGCUUCUGUAUCUUGCUGGUGCUUGUCUCCAGUCUGGCUUCCUACUCCAUUCACCUGCUCCUUAAGAUGUGUGACCAGACACGUCUCACCUCCUAUGAAGAUCUCGGGUUCUGUGCCUUCCAGAAACCAGGCAGAGUUCUGGUUGCAGCCACGAUUCUGAUCCAGAAUGUUGGCGCCAUGUCCUCCUACCUGUUCAUCAUUAAAUCUGAAGUUCCUGCUGCCGUCACCAGCUUCCUGACCCCGGGGACCUCUGAUCAUGCCUGGUACCUGGAUGGGAGGGUCCUGCUGAUCUUGGUCACCCUGUUUGUGGUGCUUCCUCUAGCCUUGCUGCCGAAAAUUGGAUUCCUGGGCUACACCAGCGGCCUGGCCUUCUUCCUCAUGGUCUUCUUCGCCAUUGUGGUUGUAAUAAAGAAAUGGAGCAUCCCCUGUCCCUUCCCUGGGAAUGAGACUCUAAGCUCUUCACAGUUCUCAAAUUCCUCUGCCUCCGACUGUGUACCCAAACUCUUCGUCAUCUCCAGUAAGAGUGCUUAUGCAGUGCCAACCCUGGCCUUCUCCUUCCUCUGCCACACCGCAGUCCUGCCCAUCUACUCUGAGCUGCGCAGGCCCACCAAGAAGAGGAUGCAGAACGUAGCCAACGUAGGGAUCUCCCUGAGCCUCCUCGUCUACCUGAUCUCCUCCCUGUUUGGUUACCUCACUUUUUACGAGCACGUGGAGUCUGAGCUUCUGCUGGGCUACAACGCCUUCCUGCCGCGCGACGCGCUGAUCAUGUCCGUGCGCCUGGGAAUCCUGCUAGCCGUGCUGCUAACCGUACCUCUCAUCCACUUCCCCACCCGAAAGGCACUGAGGAUGCUGGUCCUGGGCGAGCAGGCCUUCUCAUGGCUCAGCCACGUCUUACUGACCAUCCUGCUGCUGGUGCUGGUUCUGCUGUUGGCCAUCUUUGUUCCGGACAUCAGGAACGUGUUCGGGGUGGUGGGCUCCACCACAUCCACGUGUCUGCUGUUCGUGUACCCCGGCCUCUUAUACCUCCGGAUCAGCACCGAGCCGCUCAAGUCCCUGCAGUCCAUAGGUGCUCUCCUCCUGGUCAUUGUUGGAACGCUGGUGGGCGUGCUCAGCUUCUCCAUCAUCGUCGUCACCUGGGCCCUAAACCCCUAAGUGGGCGGAACUUCUACUAUGCUGGCACCAUGGGGGGGGGGGGGGGG